AGAGAAACAGCAACGAGAAAGAGAGAGACUGAGAGAGAUGACGAGAGCUUCGAGGGUUUCGAUUGAUCUUGAAACCUACGAGGGUUUCCUUCAGAACCCCUAUGACCAAUUCUUCACCAAUGACCAGCUCAACCAGAUUAUCUAUAUGCACGGAUUCUCCAAACUGCACAGGCAUCCCAAGAAGGAUCUGAUUGGAACCCUAAGCACGAUGGAUCUACUGAUCCCGCUACGAUCGACGCUGAAAGAAAGUGUAUCGUCUUACGCUUCUUUAUCUAUCGAGCAAGUGAAGGAAGACCUUGACGUUCUGGAAUGGCAGGAAUGCCCCGUUCAAUCAGUCGAAACAGUGAAACUACCAAGGCAGGAAGUUCAACGCCGGUACCAACAACUCGCCGGUGGCAAUCACUUUCCCACCUGCUUUGGCCAUACCAAGUGGGUGUCGGAGAUGGCAAUGGCGUUCGGCAACAUGACGAAAAAACCCAGAUCGAAGAGAAAGCGAGGAAGCCUAUUGAAAACAGGUGUUGUUACCAGCAAUACUGAUGCCAAUCUAUCUGCCAGUGCCGCUGCUGCUACUGUUCCUUCUUUUCCUCUUUUUUCCACUCUUGUCGCCUCAACCCAGUCCAUGGCUGUUGCUUGGUAUCGACUAGAAACUGCUGAGAACACUCACAGACCUUGGGGUUCCAUUGAAUAG